AUGUCCUCCUUCAGCCAUUCUGACAUAGUCGGGUACUCGACUCAUUUGGCUCUGAAGCACGUGAAGUUGCCUCUCAAAUACCACCAGGCAGAAGUUUCAAGCGAUUGGGCAGACAAGUUCAGAAACAAUGCCUCUUGCUUUGGCGGUUUCCUCGAUUUGUCUCUCCAAGACGGCAAUUUCUUUUCCUCACUCCAAUAUUCCGUCUCAAACGACCUUAUGACGGUGCAGUUGAGUCCGGUCCUAAAUGACGAAGCCACUUCUUUGGGCGUCCUGUUUGAAAACAUUGUCAUUCAUCUUCCUCAUCCACUCAUUGGCAAGGGCACGGCGACGUUCCAAUUUGUGGCCCAGAACUUGAGCGGAGAGCCAUAUGUUCUCAUUGACUUGAUAGACGUGAACUACUUGUUGAUUACUUUGAAGAUCGAGCUCUCUGACUUUUUGGUGGGCAAUUCAAAUCACAGGUUAUCGUUGGAUACAUUCAAUGACUGGGUAAACAUUUCCGUGCCGUACUCUUUUGAGUUGCGAUCGGCUCCGUUUUUAAUGAAGGGGUUGAACCCAGAGAACCUUGUUGUAUCUAUGAAAGACGGCGGUUUGUUACAUUUCAAGAGAAACUCACCAUUAGCCACUAUAGACAUUUUCAAUUUCAGCGAGGCCGUACCCUUGGUGUCUUUUAACUUUAUGAACGGUCUUCUCAGAUCAUCCAAAGUGGACUCUUUCAAUGACGGAGUCUCUGCAAAUGCUGUUGUUGACAUCAUCCAAACAGGAGCAUCUGAGUUUGCGGCUUUGAGUAUCGAUAAACACAUUAAGCUCUGGAGUCUUAGCUCACACAAACAAGUACACUCUGCAUUGCCAUUGGAUAAGUCUGAUUCUGGAAGCUCUGUUUGGUUGACAAGUGUGCCAGCCAAGUAUUUUCAGAUAUACGAAUACGGAUCUAAACGUAUUCUUGCAGUUUUGCACACCAUAGAGUCAUCACACUCAAAGAGCUCCAACGGAAGCGGCUAUGAGUUCCGUUCAUUUGAUCUUUCGGAAGAAGGACAUCUUUUCAAAAGUGAAUUGCCGUCUUUCACCCCAGACAUUCCACUUAAAGUUGACUCGAACUCCAAUCCAUUCAAGAUCCAGGACUUUCAGUUUGUUUCUGGUGACGAAUUGAGCUGCUUUAUCUUGUGGAAAUCUAACACCUACAGCGUUCUCACAAGACACAAAUUUAGUGACCUCACGGGUGUCGCAACAUCAGUCACACACAGUGUAUCCAACCAAGAGUUCCCUCAUUUGGAGCUCUCCUCGCAUUUUGAUAAAGAAUACUUGAAAGAGCUCAUAUUCGAUUCAGGUUACUACGAUGACGAAAUUGUGAAAACUGCAUUAAACAUAUUCAAGGACAAGUCGGGAGUAACGGUGAAUUUUACCUCUAAUUCGACCUUACGCCACAAUUUCCGGCAAGUCAUUGAUGCAACAAGCCAAAGCGCGGGUAUUUCAGAAAGCUCUUUGUGGUACAAGAUAGCUUUGAUGUGUGAUGAAUUCAGAAAGUUGAGUCAGGAGGCUACGUCCAUCUUGGUGACUCCUGACAUGGUGUUGGUUUCUCAAGCGCAUGGUGUGCGUGUUUUCAGAGAGGCACACUUUUUCGAAUCGUACCUUGAGCCAACCAACAAUUCUGGCCUUUCGAAGCUAUUGAAUGCUGUAUCUACGAAGAUUUCUGUAAACACGCAUAAGCGUUUGGCUCGCGACUUCUCCAGGCUCUCUAACGUUGACGUUGAAUCAGUCUCUAAGGUUGCUUCGGAUCAUCUCAGCGGAAAGAUCGCAGACGAUGAGAUUUCAGCCAUUAUGGACGAGUUGGCCUCAAUCCCGGAUGUUGUGGAUGAAAUCAAACUACUUCUUGGAAAUGAUUUCAGCGCUGAUUUUGUUGUUGAUGAUGUUUCACCUUUUAAAUCUGGUGAAGGUUUUGGAUUGUUUGCAAAAUUGCUCUCUGUUGAUAUUUUCAAGAGCAUAAAGUGUGCACAUGAAAGAAUAUUGCAUGAUCUUCUUAUUUUGUUGUUAUUGUGUGAGAUGAAUGAUGAUAUUUUAGAGUUCUUAAAAACUUUGGUCAGAAGACUUUCAAGGUAUGAAAUAAUUGAGGAAGUGUUCAACAUAUCUUUUGAAGGUUCAGGCGCUGAGAGCAGCAUUGAGACUAGAGGAGUCUCUCACAUCGAAAAUUCUGUGUAUUGGGUUGCUGUGGUGAAAAAAAGUACGGGCCUAAUGCGAUUACUUUCAAAGAAAGAUUACAACAUGGCAUUUGAUUUCUAUUGCGAUUAUGCUGUGGGAACGUGCUAUGAUGAGUACAUUCUUGACGUUGUUUUGGAACUUAUCAACAAGAAUGAAGGUGACUUGGUCUUGAGAAAGUUUAUUCUGAGACUUGAUUCCAUUGCCCCAAUUAAUAGGUUUUUAACCGGUUUGGUGCAUUUCUUAACGAACAGUCCCCAGAAAUUUUUCGACAUUUUUGUGGAUUAUUCGACAUUUGAGGCAGUCAAUAAUAAAGAAACUAGCGUGCGUCUAUUGAAAGGAAUUUCUACAAAUGCAAAGUUGAAGGAUUUCUUAUCAUCGAUAUUUUCUGCUGAAUCCAACGAUUCAGUCUUGAAAUCGAAAUACUAUCAUGCAUUGUCUAAAAUCUGCAGUUCUCAAGCCCAAGAUGCAGAUUUGAAGCUUUCAAAUGAAUCAGAAACUCAGGGCCAAUUCUUGAAAAAGUCUUUGGAGUUUCAGAAGAUGGCAAUCAGUAUCCUCGAGCAAGCUACAUAUCAGGAUGAUUCGCUAACAAGACUCGUUACGCAGUAUUAUCAUGAUUUAUUCAACGAUGCCUUGGAGGUUACGGAGUAUGAAGAAGCAAUAGCAUCUUUGGAUAAACUUGACAAUUUCUUAUCCAGAAACGAAUUCAGGGUGUGUUUUACAAAACUUGUAAGAACGUUGAUUACUCACCAUGAAAUUAAUAGAUUGUUUGGACAGACCAAUGAGCUUUUCACGAGGAAUUAUCUCCUUGUUGAUUCGAUCUUGCUCGAAUUGGCAAAUGAGGAUCUUAUUCUUUCAAAUGCUUUGAAAUGCUAUGAGUUUUUGUAUUCAUGGCGUCUUUUUGGAGGUUCGCAGUCGUCAGAUGUCAAUCAUCUUGGUGAUAAAAGAGGAGCUGUUGAAGCCUUGUACAUUUUCAUCACGAGAUUUCGCAUGGAGCAAGAUAAUUUGGGCUCUGUUUCCGAUGACAUUGAAGACUUUAAGCAAUUCAAAUUGAAGGUGUUGGAACUCUAUAUGAUCAUCCUCAAUUGCUUGAAGACCUUCAAAAAUGAAGAUGAUCAGUGGCUCAUAAAGAGAGACACUUCGAGAGGAGUGGGCUAUGUCAAACUUCGGGAGUUGAAUCUCGAGUAUUUACAAUGGCUCAAAGAGUUGGAGAUGGACCUUUCCUAA